AUUAGCCGGUGUGAAGGUUACACUUUGGAUGCUGGUUCAUUAAUCAGGUUGUCUGUCUACUGGCCUAGUGCAUGCAGUUGUCUCAUUCAGACUGAAGACUCUCAGCAGUGCCCCUACAUUGGGUUCACAUCAUCAUCUUCGUGCCCUUAUAUAACAACCCAGAAAUUCUCCAACCGUGUGACAUGGCAGAUGCCCUGGAAUCCAGCUCCAGUGAGGAAAGUCUCCUUAUGCAGUGGAACAUUUCCAGUCGACGCAGCAGAAAGUCUGGAUGCUCUAACAUUUUUACAGGCUUGAACAUGCAUCAGCUGCACAGGCUGUUCAGAACGGCGGGGGAGAGAAAUGCUGAGCAUCGGGCGAAGCUGGUGUGGCAGGGGAUAGAUGACGAUAUGCCAGGAGCAAAUGAAGAAAAGGAUGAGGAAGAAGGGGAAGAAACAGGGCUGGCCGAGGCCUUGGUAGGACUGAGAGUCCGAGCAAGGAAUAAAGCAGGAAUCAGAGUAGAGGGAUGGAAAGAUCACAAGUGGAACAGAGCACUGGGAUAUCUCAGGAUUAAGGAGCCAUUAUCUGACUUUAGCCCUGAUGAUGAAGAAACCACUAAAGCUCCAAGUGCAGGAGAAUUUCUGUUGCCAACUGAGGAAGACAUCUCAGAUAGACAAAAUCCCUUCAAACCUUCAUCAUGGAGGUUGGGGGUGACAAGGCUUGAGGGUGCCAGAGACUCUGAACGUUACCUUCACCGCAUCCUCUGUUAAAAACUGGAUUUUGGUUGAAGAUGCAACAAAACAGAAGUCUGAUUUUGUUUAGACGUACACGCUUCUGCUAUCAUGCACUAUACAUGUUAGACACUAGCACAACUUUAUGAACUGUGGUAAACCUGCAUGCAAA